AUGAAGUUUACCGUCCUUAUUGCAGCUGCUCUGGCUGCUGCGCCUAUCCCAGAGGCUGUUGCUCACCCUGGCAUGGGAGAGACCAUCAAGGAGAUCGAACGAAUUGCUGCUCGUAGCUGGGGCAGUGGGUGGGGUGGAAACAAAUGGCCAGGACAAGGCAAUGGCGGCGGUUCAAGCUCUUGGCCUGGCCAAAGCAAUGGAGGUGGUUCAAGCUCCUGGCCUGGACAGAGCAAUGGAAAUGGAGGGGGUUCUAGUUCUUGGCCCGGCCAGAGCAGCGGAGGUAGUGGCAGUGGUAGUAGCAAUGGCAAUGGCUGGUCUGGAGACAGCUUUGAUGCUCACUCCCUCAUCGGCGAUCUUGUCACCAUCAGCGACAAGUCACUCACUUCAGUCGGUAGUGACAUCAAGAAGAUCCUCCAGGGCAAUGGCAACCCUACCAGCCGCGAGCGCUACUUUGGCUGCCCUUCCAUGAACUCCCAACGUUGCAAGCGUGAUACCUGCUGUGUCUGGCAGUACAUCUCCAACGAACUCGAGGACAAGUUCAGAGGUGAGGCUGGCCGCUGCACACGAUGGGCUCGAUAUGCUGUGCGCAUUGGUUUCCAUGACGCUGGCACCUGGUCUCUCAAGACCGCUUCCCAAGGCGGUGGUGCCGAUGGCUCCAUCAUCCUCUCUAACGAGCUCACCCGUGGUGAGAAUAUGGGUCUUCAGCAGAUUGGCGAGUACUACCAAACCAUCUACGACAAGUACCAUACCCAGUAUGGUUUCUCCCAGGUCACCAUGGCUGAUCUGAUCCAAAUGGGCUCCAACAUUGCUGCUGUUACCUGCCCUCUCGGUCCUCGCGUUCGCUCUUUUGUCGGACGCAAGGAUAGCACGAAGGCCAACCUCGGCGGUCUUCUGCCUCGCGUUGACUCCAAUGCUCUCACUCUGAUCAACCUCUUCAAGGACAAGACAAUUGGCCCCGACGAUCUUGUUGCUCUUAUCGGCGCGCACACAACCUCUCAGCAGCACCACACCAACAUUGAUCGUGAUGGUGAUCCUCAGGACAGCACUCCUGGUGUCUGGGAUAUCCUAUUCUAUCAGCAAACCAUCGAUCAGAAUGCUCCAAAGCGUGUCUACAAGUUCCCUAGCGACGUAGCCCUCGCCAACCACCCUCUUACUCAGCCUGCCUUUGAGGCCUUUGCCAGCGGCAGCACUGGCCAGGCCGCCUGGAACGUGGACUACGCCCGCGCCUACAUCCGUCUCAGUCUCUUGGGCGUCAACAAUAUCAACGACCUCACGGAGUGCACAAAGGUCCUCCCUCAACCCGUUGAGUCCUACCGCCACAAGGAUAAGGGCCGAUUCAACAAGUGGCUCCAGACUGAUGAUAACUCAUGGACAUCCAAGAGUGUCUCCAAGGAUGUCGACGAUGGCUACGAGAUCUCUGUCCCUGAGAACAAGAUUCCCUCCAGGCGUGGUCCUUGGAAGACAUGGACCAGCACCUUCAAGUGGUGGUAGAAUGUGACUUUACAGCACAUCUUCUUGUAAUGGCCACUCGGCGAUAAUAUGUUGUUACGCAUAUAUAGCGAGUCGAAGACUGGCGUUCUGGGUUCAUGAGACAGCGCAAGGGAGACAGGACUUCAUCAUAGCAGCUAAUGCCACUCCCGUGGCACUUUUAAUUCUUAAUUCUUUGACUUCUGGCUUUCUGGCCAGCUGAA